ACCUUUGAUGGUCCGUACUGUGAAAGCUAGAGUGAUGUAUACAGAUCCUGAUGGAAAUAAAGUUGAAUUGGAACCAUCAUCUAUUACCAUGUACUUCGAUGCAGAGUCAGCGCCAACCGACGGUGAUGAUGAAGAGGAAGUAGGAUCCGUUUCCAAGCGCCCUGCUGAAGAUUCAACCAUGGUAGGCGGAUCUGUUCUCAAGCGCCCCCGUGUGGAUCUUGGCGAAGCAAGUCAAGUUUUGGUCGGGAAUCUGAACCCUGGACAAGAUUCAUCAGCAACUGGUACCAUAGAGGAAGUGAAAAGCGGAUCUGUUAUAAACAAGGAUCUUGGAGGGUCAAGUGAAAUCGUUUGAAUAAUCUGAACCCUGGAGCAGAUCCAGUUGUUGAUGCUUCUAGUGACACUUAAAUCCACUUUUUUAGUGGAUGGGUGUCACCUUGAUUACUAGUCCUUAAUCUAGUUAAGUUUAAGUAUUGUAAUGUCAGCAUUUUAAAUUCACUUUUACGCUACUUUGGCUUUUGUACGACACUAAGCUUUUGUCUAUUAUAGCCUCAUAUUGUGUAUUGAAUA